AUGUCGGAGCGAACGAGGUCAACCCCAUUGAUGAGGAUGCUACUCUCAGGAGAGGUCAGUGGAGAGGAGCCUAGAGAUUUGUCCCCCAAAGAGAGGUUCAACAGAUGGAUGGUCAACGAAGGAUCUAGACGUCUAUUCGUCGGCGUCUUUAUCCUCGUGCACUGCAUGUUGUACGGCUUUGGCUUCAUGAACUAUACACUGAAGGACAACCUCACCAAAGCCCGCGCCACCUAUGGUUACGGCUAUCCCAUUGCUCGAUCGGCGGCCCUCGUCCUCCACUUCGAUGUCGCCUGCAUCCUCCUGCCUGUCUGCCGAACUCUCAUCUCCCUCGUUCGACAAACCCCCCUGAACGGAAUCAUUCCCUUUGACAAAAACAUUACGUUUCACAAACUCGUGGGCUAUUCAAUUGUUUUCUUCACAUGGGUUCACACCAUCGCUCAUUUACACAACGUCGCUCAGCUCUCCGCGAAAGGCCAUGGAGGCUUCAUCGGUUUCGUCAAGCUCAACUUCCUCACGGGUCCCGGCUGGACCGGCUACGUUUUGACAAUCUCAGUCAUGGCCAUGUUUUUUACCGCGCUGGAGAAGCCUCGGCGGGCCAACUACGAACGUUUCUGGAAUACCCACCAUCUCUUUGUCAUCUUCUUCAUCAUGUGGUCUAUCCAUGGAGCUUUCUGCAUGAUCCCAGCGGAUAACAAGCCCUUCUGUUUUGGCAAUGGUUCAUUCUAUCUAUAUUGGAUGAUAGGUGGCUUCACCUAUCUGGUGGAGCGUAUCCUGCGCGAAAUCCGUGGCUAUCAAAAGACUUAUAUAACCAAGGUGAUUGAGCAUCCCUCGAACGUGGUUGAGAUCCGAAUCAAGAAGGAGCACACCAAAACCCGCGCAGGCCAGUACAUUUUCCUUUGUUGCCCAGAGAUCUCACUCUGGCAAUACCACCCGUUUACCCUUACCUCUGCGCCUGAAGAAGACUACCUCUCAGUGCAUAUCCGCAUGGUUGGUGACUUCACUAAGACCCUCGGAAAAGUCCUCGGGUGCCAGGGUCUGAAAAGUAUCGAUGACAAGAAAGCCAAUCGCUCUGAAGUUAUGUCUACAAUCUACGAAAGCGAUACAAAGCUCACCAAAAUCCUUCCGCGGUUGUACAUUGACGGGCCCUUUGGCUCUGCCUCGGAAGAUGUCUUCAAGUUUGAGACGGUGCUUUUGAUCGGCGCGGGCAUCGGCGUGACACCAUUUGCCUCGAUCCUGAAGUCUAUCUGGUACCGCAUGAGAGACAUGAGAUCCGAUGCUCCAAAGACGCGAUUGCGGAAGGUGUAUUUCUUCUGGGUAUGCCGAGAUUUCGGGUCGCUUGAGUGGUUCAAAUCUUUGCUCACAGCCAUCGAGAGUGAGGACAAGAGCCAUGCUAUCGAAAUUCAUGCGUACUUGACGGCUAAAAUCACAGCUGCUCAGGCGUCCAACAUCGUCCUGAAUUCCGGGGACACGGAUGCUAUCACGGGUCUUCGGACACCAACGAAUUACGGCCGUCCAAACUGGGACAUGGUCUUUCGGGCUAUCCGGAAGAUCCAUUGGCCGGGCGAGUGUGGUGUAUUCUUUUGUGGGCCAAAGGGUCUGGGAGCCGAGCUGCACAUCAAAUGCAACAUGUAUACAGACCCUGGGGAUAAAGGAUAUAGUUUUGUUUGGGGGAAGGAGAAUUUUUAA